UGAUUAGAUUUAGAUUCAGAUCGAGAGAAAAAGGAGAAAGAUAUCAAUCAUCAUCAGAGCUAGGGUUUUUCCGAUUGAUGAUGAUGGGGCGUUUUGCUCUUCUUCUGCUUAUAUCUUUCGCCUCGCUGCAGCUCCUCUGCUUCGCCGCUGAUGACGAUGCGGUGUUUUACGAUUCAUUUGAGGAGUCAUUUGAUGGGCGAUGGAUCAUUUCUGAUAAAGACGAUUAUAAAGGUGUAUGGAAACAUUCUAAGAGUGAAGGGCAUGACGACUACGGGCUUCUUGUGAGUGAGAAGGCUAGGAAGUAUGCCAUAGUGAAUGAGCUUGAUGAGCCGAGUCUCACAGAUGGAACCACUGUGCUUCAAUUUGAGACUCGCCUCCAGAAUGGACUCGAAUGUGGUGGUGCAUAUCUGAAAUAUCUUCGUCCUCAAGAGGCUGGAUGGAAGCCUAAGGAAUUUGACAAUGACUCACCUUACUCUAUCAUGUUUGGACCUGACAAAUGUGGGGCCACAAACAAGGUGCACUUCAUACUGAAGCAUAAGAAUCCUAAAAGUGGAGAAUACGUGGAACACCAUCUUAAAUACCCACCAUCUGUCCCAUCUGACAAGCUUACUCAUGUCUACACUGCCAUCUUGAAGCCUGACAAUGAGGUUAGAAUACUGGUUGAUGGAGAGGAGAAGAAGAAGGCGAAUUUCCUCUCAGCUGAAGAUUUUGAGCCUCCGCUUAUCCCUGCCAAGACAAUCCCUGAUCCAGAUGAUAAGAAACCUGAGGACUGGGAUGAGAGACAAAAGAUUCCUGAUCCAAAUGCUGUGAAGCCAGAAGAUUGGGAUGAGGAUGCACCCAUGGAAAUUGAAGAUGUGGAUGCUGUGAAACCGGAAGGAUGGUUAGACGAUGAGCCUGAGGAGAUAGAUGAUCCUGAGGCAACCAAGCCAGAAGAUUGGGAUGAUGAAGAGGAUGGUGAGUGGGAAGCCCCAAAAAUUGAUAACCCAAAGUGUGAUGCAGCCCCUGGUUGUGGUGAAUGGAAGAGGCCAAUGAAGAGGAAUCCAGCUUACAAGGGAAAAUGGUCUCCCCAGCUAAUUGACAACCCCAAUUACAAGGGAAUAUGGAAGCCUCAAGAGAUUCCAAACCCCAACUACUUUGAGCUUGACAAGCCUAACUUUGAGCCUAUUGCUGCUAUUGGUAUUGAGAUUUGGACAAUGCAAGAUGGAAUUUUGUUUGACAAUAUUUUGAUAGCUAAAAACGAGAAGGUUGCUGAGUCAUAUCGGGAGACUGCAUGGAAGCCAAAGUUUGAGGUUGAGAAGGAAAAACAGAAGGCUGAAGAUGAAGCUGCUGGAUCAGAGGGGCUUGCAGGCUUCCAGAAGAAGGUCUUUGAUGUCCUAUACAAGGUUGCUGAUGUUCCUUUCUUAAGUAAAUACAAGCUUCAAAUUCUUGACCUCAUUGAGAAGGCUGAGAAACAACCAAACCUAACCAUUAGUGUCCUAGUCUCUAUUGUGGUGAUUAUCCUCACGGUUUUCUUCAAACUCAUUUUUGGUGGCAAGAAGCAACCAAGAGUAGAGAAGAAAACAGAGGUCGCUGAGACAUCAAAUGAUCAAGGAAGCAGUGGAGAACAGGCUGAAGAGGAAGAGAAAGAAGAAACCACUGCUGCUCCUCGCAGAAGGAGGCGUGACACUUAAAAGGAGGUGGCUGGUGAUCAAUCAGUUUUCACUUGGGGCAAAUUUUGCGCUUUUUGGUGUUUUACCUAGCUGAAACAUUCUUGGGUUCUUGGUCAUUUUUUAGUUUUACUUUCUGAAUAUUAGAUGUAUGAUUUGAAGAGUGUAAAUGAGACAGUUGUUACCUGCCUCGAAGCAAAAACCAAAUAGAGUGGGUUUGAGGAUAUGAAGUUUAUCAUAUGCUAAAGCGUGCUUAUCACUUUUAACUGCAAACGUAACUUCUGAAACACCAAGGGCGUAGAAUUUUUGUUGUA